CAUUUUCUGACCGGGUGGUGAUUCGCUCUCAAUGCUCAUGUUGCGGCGGAUCCACUUGCAGCCGGGCCUGAUGGCGCGUCAUGUUUCUAGCAAGCCGGGCAAGAGGAGCUUUAGCCUCCGUGCCGUUUGUGGUGCUGGCCUGGUGGGUUGCGGGGCAGGCUACUUACUGUCGCGCAUGGAUGGCCAACUGCGAGAGCGGCAGCUCCCGGGUGCAGGGUUUCGAGUUUGUUGUGAGGAAAUGAUCACCCCAAAGCAGCAAGCACUGCCAAAUGAGCUCAGGGGUAUUGUAGGGAAGCAGCACGUGGUAGAGAACGUUACGGAGACCGGCACUAUGGUAGGGAAAGGCCAUGCCAUGGUGGUAGUCCGUCCUGGAACCCUUCAAGAGACGAUGAAGGUUUUAGAAGCUUGUCUCAAUGCGGAGGUGGCGAUUCUUCCACAAGGUGCCAAGACAGGCAUCACUGGUGGCUCAGUCCCACGACCGUGUGAUCGGCCCAUGGUGGUGAUUAGCACGCAACGGCUGCAAAAGAUUUUGCCCAUCGGUGACGAAGCGAAGCAGGUCUUGUGCUUUGCAGGGGCUGGCAUCUUCAGCGUGCAAGAGACAUUGAAGCCUUUGAACCGCGACUCCCACAGUGUACUGGGCUCUAUUUUCCUGAACCCCUCGGUAGCAGCUGGUGUGGCUUUUGGCAGCGGUGGCACUCAGAUCCACAAGGGUCCGGCCUUUACCAAUCGUGCGCUGUACUGCCGUGUGGAUGCCAAUGGGCAGCUCAAGCUGGUGAACACUUUGGGCCUCAACGCGCACGAGGACGUCGUUGCAUUCCUCGUUGCUUGCCAUCAGGACAAUGCCCAGGCGUUGUCGAGCAAAGACAUGGAUGCGAAAUGCACCCGAGCAGCGUCGUGGCCAAAGUACCCGCAGCACCUGACCAAGCUGGAUGGGCAGGUGUCCCGAUACAACGCAGAUCUCACUGGUGAAGAUUGCAACCGAUCUGAAGGCAAGGUCUUCAUAUUAGCCACUAUACACGACACCUUCCCAAUGCCUCAAGAGAGCAAGAUGGUGUGGGUGUCCUGCAAAGACUUUGCCACCGCCAACCACAUCAAGCAGAAGGUGGCGCUCGCUUCACCUAAUUGCUUGCCCAAGCAGUUCGAGUACAUGGGCCGGGAGCAGUUUGAUUGUGUUGACCAAGGAGGCCGUGGCAUCAUCAAGCUGAUCGAGAUGGUCGGCAUGUCGAAUUUAGGCACAUUGUGGAAUUUCAAGCUGAAGUUUGAAUCUUUACCGCUGCCUUUCGUCAAUAUCAUUGCAGACAAGCUCUUGUGGUAUUUGAACUCGGCGAUUCCAGAGUCUUUGCCGAAGCCGUUGAUGGAGCAGGGGCGAAAGUUCGACCACCACCUCAUCAUGGAGAUGACCGAGUUUGGAAAUGGGGAGCUGAAGCAACUGGAUGAGCGAUUGCAGCGGCAGCUGGCAUUGAAUCCUGGAGACAUCUCAUGCUAUGUGUGCCAAGAUGCCUUCGAGAAGUCCAGGGUGAUGCUGUUCAGAUUUGCCGUGCAGCCAUCCAUUCAGACCAUCACAGUGGGCAAAGGGCGGCAGGGCCUCAUCAUCGACUACGCAAUGCCAAAGAAUUUCGACCGCAUUCUGGAGAUGCCCAAAGAUUGUGACAUUGAGAUGCGCUGCUUAUGCUCACACUUCGGAUGCAACGUUUUUCACGAGAGCCUCAUGCUCUCCAAUGAUGUAGACGUGAAAGAAGUGAAGAAGCGAAUCAAACAGGUCAUUGAUGAAGCAGGAGGGAAACUUCCAGCAGAGCAUGGCCAUGGGACAGAAUACGAAGCACCUUGCAGCACACAAGAGAGAUGGAAGAGAAUUGAUCCCACAAAUUCGAUGAACCCUGGGGUGGGUCAUUCUUCCAGCCUGAAAGGCUAUUUGUGAGCUUGGAUCACGAGUGGUUCGGUUCGAAUGCGAUUCUCCCAAAUACGGGGUGGCUUCCAAGGUGUAGCUUAGCGUGUCGAGGGCGUCGCUUAACGGCUUCCCGGCCUUGGGACCGCAGAUCCAAAAUGGCGUGACCACUUCGGACCGAGGUGGUUCCUUGCUGAGCGCUUUUUGCCAACGUGAUGGAUUGUUAUGACCCUUUAAAUAAGGCCCCCUUCGAAAGGAACCCAAAAGCCUUGCUUUGUGCACCUCAUUUACUUGUCAUUUUGUCAUUUGUCCUUUUUGAACUGUUGGCUCUGACAGUUGAAGACAUGAAGUGAAGCCGUGCAGCUCGAGGGCAUCACAGCACCUCAAAGUCAGCAACAUGGCGCGUGCUCCACGAACUUUGGCACUCCUGGUCCUCGGCCUCUUUGCGCUGUUGGGUGCACCAUCCUUCA